AUGGGUGCUCAAACUGUAGAUUACAGAGUUUCAAGACUAGUUGUUUUAUGUAAAGAUUGUGGAAAUGAUGUUGGUUUAUAUCCAGCACGUCAUAAAUGCCAACCUGUAGAUAGGCCUGCCAUGCCAGCUUUACCAAUACAAUAUAGCAGUACUGAUGCUAAAAGAUCGUCCUCAACUUCACCUAGUUCAAGCUUCUCUUCUCGAUUAAGUCACAAUACCAAUAAGACGACUGCUACUGCACCCAAUGUACAAGAAGAAGAAGAUUCGUCUGUUUAUCUCAAUAAUUUCACGGCUAAUUUACCUGAACAACAACAGCAGGACUCAAAUGGGAAAAAGCUAUGGGGAAAAGUACGACAAAAUGAAAAAUGGAAGCAGCUAACAGAAAAGAAUGAUAAAAGCAGUAAACAAACAGGAAAGCUUUGGGGAAAACUAUUACAAGCUACGCAAAGCAUGGCUGACAAAAUACCCUCGCGCGAAGAUCGUGGACCUGACUCGGAUGAAGAUGACUGGGAAGGGGAAACACAUGUUUCAAGAAUUUUACGCGAGUACUAUGAACGAAAACAACAACCACUACCGCACUGGUUGAUGGACGACGAUGUAGAUCCUACUCGUAGAAGACAAGGUCAUAAGCUUUAUGCAGAAUACAAAGAUUCAGAUUAUAUGGACCCCCCAGCAAGCAGUAGAAACGACAUUUUAAGAUCACACUCCAGACGAAGACUAUGGGAGCAAGAUAACGGAGAAAAUAACAGCUCCAAAAAUUUAUCUAGUAGAGAGAGGGAAAGACAAGAGUUAAGACAACAGGCAAGGUCUGAUUCGCAGUUCUCCAGACAAAGACGACCUAUCUCCAAUGAUUAUGAUCAAGAAGAAAAAUUGCACAACAAUCAUAAUACUGGGGAUAGUAGCAAUAGAAGGGACUAUGGUCGUUACGGCGAUAGAUCAGACGAGACAAGAAGCUAUCAGCACCACUCAAAUCCUGAUAGAAACUAUAGCCACAAGGAAGAUAGCAACACCUAUAGUAGAAUGGAUAAAUAUAAUAAUGGAAAUUAUGCAACAAGUGAUAGCGGUGGUCAUCGCGACAGAGAAGAUGCUUUUGCAGGAGAUAAUCGUAGAUUAUUACAGCACAGGUCCAGAAGUACGAUGGAUAGCAGCAAAUCAAGGCAUUAUCAAGCUUCGCAACAACAGUUAUCACCCAUCCGUAGCGGAAGAAGCGUAAGAGGCUAUAAUGGACCAUCAGACAAUUCUCAUACGGAGAGGGGUAAUAGUAGUAGGACCGUUUAUCCUUCUGCUCCGUCAACUCCUACAAACUAUGAAUAUGCUCGUUCAGAAAAGUCGACAAGGCCAUCAUUUGCGGAUAGUAACAGACCUCAUCGCUAUGGACCUCCUGAACCAGGAUACUUUUAA